ACUUUGACUUAGCAGCGUCGUCUUCUUCUCCCACCUGCCGCCCAUCCAUCCACUGCUCCAUGCUCUGCGUCGCCAUGGCCGCGCGCCCCGUCGUUGGCACCACCACCUGCCUCCCACUCCCAGCACGGGCUGGGGCUGCUGCUUCCAAACCCUCCACCUCCUCGUCCCCUGGUACGGGUAGCCACGUGGGCGUGCCCUGCGAGCGCGGGAGCUCGGUUUCCAAGGCAGCGGUUCGUGGAGCUAGGUUGGAGGCGGCGGCGAGGUGCUCGCUCCUCCGCCGGCCACCCGUGCUGCUGGCAACCGUGGCUGUAGGGAGUCUGGUUGCUGCUGGCGCUGCAAAUGCUACCGAGCUUGGGGAUUCUCUGCUAGGAUCAUCGGGGCUUGCUUUGGCUGACAUUAGCAUUGGAGAUUGGUUUGGAAAUUUGCUAUAUUCAGCAGGGCAGCAAGCCAAUGAGGCUGUUCAGGAUCAGCUGUCUGCUCUCAGUUUCACUAGCUUGGCCGUAAUUUUCGGUGCUGGACUUGUAACUAGUUUGUCUCCUUGCACACUCAGUGUUCUACCAUUGACUCUAGGAUAUAUAGGUGCUUUUGGCUCUGGCAAAGAUCGAUCUGAGGUUGUUGGAAAUUCAGUUGCUUUUUCAUUAGGACUGGCAACAACCUUAGCCAUCCUUGGUGUUGCUGCCUCUUUUGCUGGGAAGGCCUAUGGGCAGGUAGGACAAGGACUCCCAGUGGCUGCUUCGGGGUUAGCAGUCAUAAUGGGAUUGAACCUUCUUGAGGUAAUUGAGCUACAGCUUCCCUCAUUUUUCAGCGAUUAUGACCCUCGAGCUGCUGCAGCUAACCUCCCUUCCAGUGUACAAGCAUACCUUGCUGGACUUACGUUUGCAUUAGCAGCAUCACCUUGCAGUACACCUGUUCUUGCUACACUUCUGGGAUAUGUUGCCACUUCAAGAGAUCCGAUUGUUGGAGGAAGUUUGUUAUUGACAUAUACAACUGGCUAUGUUGCACCUCUUCUCAUUGCAGCUUCUUUUGCUGGAGCACUGCAGAGUUUGCUUUCAUUCAGGAAAUAUUCCACUUGGAUAAACCCAAUCAGUGGUGCAUUUCUACUGGGUGGAGGGGUUUAUACCCUGCUGGACAGGCUGUUUCCCGCAACAUCAAUGGUGAUGUAGAGUGCAGAUGAUCGUUGGACGAGAGCUGCAGUACGAGGGUCACCAUUGUUGGACAUGCGAAUGUAUGUCAGUUGCAAUGUAAAGUAGGUAAUGAUAAAAUGCUAACACAUUAUGAUGAACCUUUUGUAGCUUACGUAGGUGUGUGAUAUCUUAAUCUCAGCAAUCUGAAUAGAAUGAGAUAAGUUGAUGUUUUACCCCCAAAUAGCUUUCAUUGCUUUGAAAGAAUCCACAGAAAUUUGUAGACAGAGGCGCAGAGCAGAAAAUAAAA